UUGCCUUGGUUUGGGCGUUGCUUCUGAGUCUUAUCUUCUUUAAUAAGUUGAGGGCAGAAAGUCGAAAGCUCCGUUUCAGAGAGCGCGUGUCUGCUUUUCCGACAUGAAGAAGUCGCUGAGUGUGUCGUCCGAAGGCUCCCUCCCUCCGCUGGACGACGAUGCGGACUCGGUCUGCUCCGACGAGCUGCUCGGCUCUCAGUCCCGCAGCUGGCUGUCGGACCUCACUACGAACGGGCUCGCGCCCCCGGAGAGCGAGGGCGCGAACACGGUCGGCCGGGACGGGCUGUUCGUGGACUACAACUUCCCCCUGGGUAAACUGGAGAUGCAGGCCGGGGUCGAGUGGAAACGACCAAAGGAGCUCUGUUCGUCGCCUCAGUUCAUUGUAAACGGAGCCACGCGCCUGGACGUCCGCCAGGGAAAGCUCAAUGAUUGCUGGUUGCUCUCUGCCAUCGCGUCUCUCUCCAUGCAUCACGUCCUGCUCAAGAAGGUUGUGCCUCUAGGACAGAGCUUCCAAGACGGAUACAAGGGCUGCUUCUCCUUCUGGUUUUGGCAGUACGGUCAGUGGGAGGAGGUGAGGAUUGACGACUUGUUGCCGACUCAGAACAACAAUCUGAUCUACCUCAGCUCCCCAGAGAGACUGGAGUUCUGGAGCUCCCUGCUGGAGAAGGCCUACGCCAAGCUGAAAGGUGGCUACAGAUCUCUGGACAUGGGCUUCCCUCACGAGGCCAUGGUGGAUAUGACGGGCGGGGUGGCUGAGGUUUUGAAAAUCUCCUCGCUGCCUCGAGACCUGCCGGCCUUCCUCAGUCACCUGCUGGCUAAAGGAGCGCUCAUCAACUGUGCCAACUCCCAGGGUCCUUUGGAGAAACAGAGUGAACUGGGUAUCAUGUUCAGACAUGCCUACUCUCUGACUGCAGUAGAAGAGGUGAAGACGGCAUACGGCAGCAAGGAUUUAGUACGGCUCCUCAACCCCUGGGGCAACACAGAGUGGGAGGGGCCCUGGAGCGACCUGAAAGGUACAGAGUGGAAGACAGUGAGCGUGGAGGAGCAGAAAAGGCUGCAAAGAGUGAGACGGGAGGACGGGGAGUUCUGGAUGUCGGUGUCAGACUUCCGACAGCACUUUGAGACAAUGGAGGUGUGUCACCUGACCAACGAUCUCAGUAAACCAGGGUCCAGCGUGCUGCCGUGGUGUUGUGUAAUGCAUCAUGGGAACUGGGUGCCAAGCAUCUCGGCGGGAGGCUCCGUCCAAGGGGGUUCGUUCUGGCAGAACCCUCAGUACUACUUCACCCUGUCGGAGGUGGACAGCGGCACAGCUAAGAACACCUGCUCCUUCGUUUUGGCUCUGAUGCAGAAACACCAGAGGCGUAGGGGCGUUAACCUGGCUAUAGCCCUGCAUAUUUACCCGGCCCAUCCUAAGAACACAUACCUGUCCUCAGAGGACCUGAAAGUGCUCCAACCGGUCCUCUACAGCCCCAAGUACUCCCCGCGCCGGGAGGUGGUGCUCCGCGGCUCUCUCCCGCCGGGCCGCUACAUCAUCGUCUCUUCGACCCAAGCAGCCAAUCAGCCGGGAGCGUUCCUCCUCCGGGUGCUGACGGAGCAGGGCAACGCUGCCACUCCAGCCCACAAACCGCCACUCGACAUCCCUCCAUUGAAAGAGCUUUCAUUUCCUCACCAGGCUGCUCUUCCUUCACUUGAAUCAACCAAACAGCUGUUCAAGAAGCACAGCAGCAAGGGGCUUUGCAAACCAGUGCACCUCCACAAGCUGCUGACCGAGGCCAUACAGGAAGGAGUGUUGGCCGGCAGUGAGAAGUACUUGGCCCUGGAGCACUGCAAGAGCCUGGUGGUCCUCAUGGACACACAAGGCAACGCUCGGCUGAACUGGCUGGACUUCCAGAGUCUGUGGGACAAGAUCAGGAGGUGGACGGAUAUCUUCCUGACGUUUGACAAGAACAAAACACAACACCUGGAGUACAAAGAGGUGGCCCCCGCUCUGAGGAAAGCAGGCAUCGUGGUGGACGAUCUGAUAAUGCAGCUGGUCGGACUGAGGUACACGGAGCCGGACCUGACCAUCAGCUACCCCGGCUUCCUGUACCUGCUGAUGAAGCUGGAGAGCAUGACACACAAAUUCCAAGCGUACGACAUGGUGGGGAUGGGAAGCAUAACUGUGAGCUACAGACAGUGGCUCCACAUGACCAUGUACAACUGACCUGGGCCACUCGGAGGGAUUCAUCAGGAUUUGCUCUGUCUGGUCUCCUUUCUUCUGAUUUCCCUGCAGGAUUUUAACGUGUUUAUUUGUUGUUCACACGUAUGAAUGUAGAUGCACAGCACAGCUCGCUGAUAGAAACGUGUAGCAAACCGAGACUUCACACGCCAUUCCUGUCUCCUCUCGGAUGUCGUCAUCAUGUAGUCAAAAGGAAACAUCUUCCAGAACGCUCUUCAGCCAUGGAAACAUCCGGGGUCAAAGGUCAACGCUGUGAGGGACAAGGGUUUAUGAUUCACUGUGUCGGUGGCACCUCAAUGACUUCAUGAAUGAAACUUUUACGA